GCAAUGGUUUGAAUUUUCUGGGACGGCGAUUUUCCUCCUAACCAUGAUCAUCUUUCCCUACCCAUUCCUAAAGAUCAAUGAAACCGAUCACAUUAUUGAGACCAAAUUAUAUGUCCUGUCGCGAGAAGCGUUGCCUCUGUUUUCUGCACCGCAGGGGUCGGAAGUGAAGCUACUGUUGGAUAUGCUGCUUCUUUCACAGCAGAAGCUGAAACUGCAAUUAAAAGCCGGUGGAUCGUUUAAUUUAACAUGGUCAUUGAUGACGAAGACGUUCGCCUUGAUUGCUUCAAUUACUGUGAUCGCCAACGAACUCAUCUCCAAAGAUGACAGUAUUCAGCAAAGGCUGCAGAACUCCAGCUCCUCAUUUCAAUGAAUGAAAACGUGUCCCAUGUCCUGGCACAGGACGAACAAAGAUGACUGUUUCAUCACAUUUCAUUUGCAACGGAACUACGUUAGCAAUAUAAUUGGUUUGUCUUUUUGUUAAUUCUCUGCUUCUUCGACUCUUCAGGACUUGUAAAUGGCUGUGUAAAGCCGUAUUUAGGAAAGUUCCUGUUUCUGUGUCCCUUAGCAAAAUCCCACAUUUGUAAGUAGUGUGCACCAGCAAUUUCAAGGCAAG